CUGUGGAUAGGGCGAGAUCGCGAUCACCCUGGACUCCGAGCCAUGACCUACAGCCAUCUUUGAUUUCCGACUUCCUACAGCCACUCAAUGGACGCAUUUGUUCUAUUUUAAAAAAAAUGUCACAGAAGUUGCAGUUGUUUUGCAAGUGGGAUUCAGGUUAGAUGUUAGCCCUUCAAAAGAGAUGAGACUUGGGAUACCUCCAAUCUACUGAUGCCAGUAUGGAUUUAUAUGGGUUAUGCAAACUUUAAUCCGUUCUGAGGAAUGUCAGGAUGAUGGAGAUGGGGAAGUAAGCGCAAAGAAAUGCAGGACUGAGGAAACAAACAUCUGUAGGAAAUGUUGUGCUGAAUUCUUUGACCUCUCCAAGUUCCUUGAGCACAGGAAAAAUUGCACUAAAAACCCACCAGUUUUGAUUAUGAAUGAAGGUGAGAGGGAAAUGUCUCCAAAAGACAGCCCGGAAUCUUGUCCAGAUAACUUUGCAAAUGGCCAACUGAAUGAUCAAUCAAAAACUAAUGAUAGCCCUGAAGAAAAGGUGCAUGAACAGAGUGAAACUGCUGAAAUGACCGUGGAUAUUGUAGAAUCUCAAAAAUCAUCAUGUGCCUCAAGUGCUGCCAUCAGUUUACAUCCAGCCUCUGAAAUAAGCUACGUGUCCCAAUCUAAAAUACCAAACACUAAUGUCACACUGGAGACUAUUCAGAACACUAAAGUGGCAGUGACUCAACACAUUUCAGACAGUGUGCCUACCAGCAAUUCAAAUGCAACUGGAAAUGUCAAUGUCAUUCCUAUCUUGCUUGAGCAAUUGGUCUGUUUGCAGCAGCAACAACUCCAGCAGAUUCAGUUAACUGAGCAAAUCCGCAUCCAAGUGGCAAUGAUGGCCCCUCAUUCUCUGCAUCCUUCCAUCGUUGCAGCUGCAGACCCCCUUAAAGCAUUAGGGGCUCACCUGUCACAACAGCUUUCUGCUGCUGCUGCUUUAAUUGGGCAGAAAGUUGGUAGCCAGACCUUUACUAUGGAUGGUUUUAAACCAGUACAGCUACCUCAUUCGUCUGUUGGUACAACUCAUUUUAAUAAAGGUUUACACCACUCUGAGUCAGGGUCUCUUCAAACGGCUAGUGCUUUAGCUACAUUAACCUCCAAGCCUGAUUCCAUUUCUUGCUCUGAAAACUCCACCAGGCUUAAACAUGGCAACCUCACAAGCCAAGCUGCCAGAUUUCCAAACCCAUUGCUACCUCAGUCUCCCAAUCCAGCAACUAUCCACAACCCACUGAUUGGACUAUCUGCAGCUUCGGCUGCACGAAAUCAGAAAGGCAAGCCUCCAAAUGUUGCAGUGUUUGAAACCAAGUCCAGUUCAGAAGAGUCCUUUUUCAAACACAAGUGCAAGUUUUGUGGCAAAGUAUUUGGAAAUGACAGUGCUCUGCAGAUUCACAUCCGUUCCCACACUGGUGAAAGACCUUACAAAUGCAACAUCUGUGGCAAUCGUUUUACAACCAAAGGCAAUCUGAAGGUCCAUUUCCAGCGGCACAAGGAGAAAUACCCCCAUAUCCGAAUGAAUCCAUAUCCCGUUCCUGAACAUCUGGACAAUGUUCCAACUAGCAGUGGAAUUCCCUAUGGCAUGUCAAUACCUGUUGACAAUUCGGCUAACUGGGUGGACACCAAGCCUGUCUUGCAAACAUUGUCCAAUUCAGUUGGAAUGAAGCUGUCAUCUAGUUUUGAGGAUACUUCAGAAAAGGUACCUGUGAGUGAGUUUCUGCAAAGACGAUCUCCAGCAGUGAGUGAAACUGCUUCAAUGUCUUCAAAUAUCAGCAACUAUGAAUCUAACCUAGAAAUAAAGCCUACAAAUGAAAAUGGCAGUGCACCUACUUUGGCUACAUCCAUUAUGCCAGAAACCUCAAAACCCAAGUUAUCUUUUAGUAACAUUCUUGAUAAUAGUCAAGCAUCUGAGACAUUCAAACUCCAACAGCUGGUAGAGAAUAUAGACAAAACAUCCACUGACCCAAAUGAAUGUGCUGUAUGUCAUCGUAUACUGAGUUGCCAAAGUUCACUCAAAAUGCAUUACCGUACUCACACUGGUGAAAGACCAUUCAAAUGUAAAGUUUGUGGCAGAGCGUUUUCCACAAAAGGCAACCUGAAGACUCACUAUGGGGUACAUCGAGCAAAACCACCACUACGAGUGCAGCAUUCAUGUCCUAUAUGCCACAAGAGAUUCACCAACGCUGUUGUUCUUCAGCAGCACAUUAGAAUGCACAUGGGAGGUCAGAUCCCGAACACACCUUUACCGGAGGGCUAUUAUGAUGGUUCUGAUCCAGAGCCAGCAUUGGCUGAUGAAAAUGCUGAACUUGACAGCAGUUUUACCGAUGAAAAUAUGGAUGAAUCUGAGUUAGAAGGGGACAAAGGUACAAAGGUGCCUACAGUUGAGUAUUCAAAACCAGUUUUGCCUUACAGUGACUUGCCAGCCAACUCUCCUUUGUUAGUAUUCUCAAAUAUAGCUGCUUUAGAGAGUCAGAUGAAAAUGAUUAAUUCCAGUGUGAACUUACAACGUCAGAGCAGUUUGAAAUCUGGUGAGAAUGGCUCCCCAGAAAAUGAAGGUGUGACUAAUGAUUCUCCAGCCAUCGGGGCUCAAGAAUACCCGAAUAAUCCGAGUCCAGGUGCUUCAGAAUCUGCAUUGUUCCAAGCUUCAUCUCCUGUGAAUAGCUAUAAUGGUAGUCAUCUGUCAAAGUCGCCAGGAUUUCCAAUGCCUUCUGAGAGUUCAGAAACAAAAACUGAACCUGUUGAGACAUCUGAGCUACCAAAUGAUGGUGCAUUAGAUUUAACAUCUGCCAAUAUUCAUCGCAAAAUUAAGGAAGAAGUGCCUAGUAUACCUUUUACUAAUGGGGACUGCAGUGCUGUUCAAGUUCCUGCAGGUUCCUUUAUCAGGGCUCCUCCUUGUCUGAUUAAAGUGGAAGUAAGCGACCAUGGAGAACGACCAGCAGGAACCACUGCACAGUUUCUUGCCCCGUCAGCUGUGGCUCCAAUCAUGCCACCUAUUUUGGCACCUCCACCCCGUCGUACACCUAAGCAACACAACUGCCCUACUUGUGGAAAGAGCUUCUCCUCAGCAAGUGCUCUGCAGAUUCACGAACGCACGCACACUGGUGAAAAGCCAUUUGCAUGCACCAUCUGUGGAAGAGCUUUUACAACGAAAGGAAAUCUCAAGGUCCAUGUUGGAACGCACAUGUGGAAUAAUUCAGCCAGACGUGGAAGACGUCUUUCGCUGGAUAGCCCUAUGAUACUGAUUGGAAAUGAUCCAAAGAAGAUUUCAGAAAUGCUCCCGAAGGAGCUGAUGGCUCCUACAACAAACAUUGAACCAACCAUCUGGAACCAAUAUACCACUGUACUUACGAAUGGCUUAGCUUUGAAAUCAAAUGAGAUCUCGGUGAUUCAAAAUGGUGGUAUUCCUAUCACCGUUUGUAUGGCAAGUGGUUCUGUUGUGAGCACCAGCACUACAGUUUCCAAAGUGGAUGCACCCCAGUCUGGCAUUGGUCCAGCAAUCACUGAAGGAGAGAAACCUAGUUCUGAAAGUGUUGCUUUGCCUCCCGUCCCCCAUUUUGUGGAAGAAGGCAAAAUAGCUGUUAGUUUAAAGAAAAAUGACAUUCUGUAGCAUCUGUUCAGAGUAGAGUAAAUUUUAGUCUUUAGCUUUUAUGACAAGCAACCACAGACCUCAAUAUGUGCUAUUUUUCAUAAUCCCCAAAAAUGUAAAAUAGAUUUUUUUUUACUUGUAGCUGUCUCUAACAAAACUGCUUGGUACCUCCUGAAUUUAUGUUAUGAGUACAAUCAUUGCUUUGCAAAUUUAUUGUAUAAAACUCUGGGAUUUAUCUAAAGAAUAAAAUAAUAAAGCGGGUCUUGCAAAGUGAAGCGUUUACAAUAUUAACUUGAGUUUACAAUAUUUGAAGUGUACAGCUCUUUCUCAUGAAUUUUUACUACAGAAUCCUUAUGAAAAUCCAAAGAUUGAAAUAAAUUCUGUUAUUAGGGCUAGUUUUGAAAUAAUGAGUAGAAACUGAAAUGAAUCAUUUCCAUAAACUACUAAAUAGAGAUUUGUGUUUGAGAAUGUGUGUAAUUGUAUUUACUGUUUAUACAUUAAAACCAUUUAUGCGGGUAAUUGUUCUAGAAUGUCACUUGGUGCCAUCUGUUUAGAUUUCUAAUGACAAUUGUUGCUUUAAAGAAGUCUUGAAUGAACUCUUGUUUUAAGUGAAACUCCAGAAAAAAGGCAAAUUUACAGAACUACUUUUUCAGUUAAAUUAGUUAAUUUUACUUGGGAUUAAAUUCAAGCACACUUUUGUUCAGGCAGCAUGUGCUCUGCCAUUUAUGGAACCAAAUCAAAAAAAAAGGUGGGUUGGGGUUUAGAAGAACAACUUAGCUGACUUUCUUUUUAGCACAAGUAGUAAUUACAGGACAACAAUGGGCAUCAUCGCUUCUGGGUAGAAGCGACAAAUAAAACCAGUCCUGAGUCUUGAUCACCAUGCGAUUUAUACCUGCUGGAAAGAGUGGGUGAGGGCAGUGUUGUCUGGAAAGCUUUAUAGCUGACACCAAGUAGUGUUAGCUACCAUGUAAAGUGGCUACUUGGAUAAAGUACAGAGGUCAGCCAGUAUCAACAGAAUCCUAAUCCAGACCAAAUUGGUGCCUUUUUAAAACAGGACAAAUUUGGUUUAGAUCAGAGUGGAUUGCGGGAGGAGGAAAGAAGGAAGGAGAUGCAACCUUUUUUAUAAAUCCAGAUAUUUUUGACCAUCUUCUCAAUUGUGACAGCUUGAAUUCUGGAGAAUGCAGGAGCCAUCCAGUUUUGAAAGAAUGGUGUGACUUUUUGUUUAAACAAAUCAUUAUUUUUAAAGUCAGUUGGAGAAUCCAAAAGGUCAGACAGUUAACUGGGGUGUUUCGACUUUCUUAGCUUCAUUCUGAUAAAACAAGAGUGCAUUCUUGAUCAAUUAAAACAUUGCCUACUUUGGUUAGUUUUAACCAAGUAGCAUGUUUUGAUUUGUGGAUGGUACACCAUUUAUGCUUUAGCCAAAGGAGACCCACGUGUAGCAUAUGAGGAAAGUGGGGAGGGUGGGCCCCAGAACUUGAAGAAAUUUUGUUAACUACCUCACUUUCUAAUUUUAGUUUUUGUUUUUUGUUUUGGUCAUACUGGUUAUUUUUGUAGAAUUUGACUUUUGUAAAAUGAACUGGCUUGAAGUAGAUACCUUGUGCAGUUGCUUAAUGGUUACAUCAGUAAAUGGACCAAGCUUUGUUGACAGGGAAUUGAGAGCAUUACAUGAACA